CAGCUGGGGGACCACGAUUGAAAGAGGAGAUGAGGAUGAAAGGAAUAAAACCCGAAAUAUCCCUCGCUCACUUCCCUCCACCGCCGAAUAUUCCCGUCGUCCUCCUCGCAUAUUCCCGAUCCUCGCCUCUGUUUCAAUUUCCACGGCAACCACCCUCUUUGCUUAUUUAAUCAAUCGAUUCCACCGUCGCCUUCUCCUGUCUACUUUUCUCCUCAUUUUUGUAGAGAGAGAGAGAGAGAGAGAGAGAGAGAGAGAGAGAGAGAGAUGAAGUUUGGGAAGAGUCUGAGCAACCAGAUCGAGGAGACGUUGCCGGAGUGGAGGGACAAGUUCCUCUCCUACAAGGAGCUGAAGAAGCGCCUCAAGCUUAUCGGACUCGACACCAUCUCUGAACGCCCUAGCAAGAAGCCGUGCUUGGAUAAAUGGAAUGACAUUGCCAAAGCCCCCUCCGACUUUACGAUCGGAGGAGAUCCUUAUCUAUCCUCCACAAUGGGGGCUUCCUUGACGCGGGAGGAGGAGGACUUCCUGAAUCUUCUGGAGGCUGAGCUCGAGAAGUUCAACUCGUUCUUCGUCGAGAAGGAAGAGGAGUACAUCAUCCGCCAAAAGGAACUGGAGGACCGAGUUGCAAUGGCCGCGGAACUGGAUUCCAAGGAUGACAUGAUGAUGGUACGCAGGGAGAUCGUUGAUUUCCAUGGCGAGAUGGUCCUCCUUGAGAACUACAGUGCUCUCAAUUACACUGGUUUAGUGAAGAUACUGAAAAAGUAUGACAAAAUAACUGGAGCUUUGAUCCGACUUCCUUUCAUCCAGAAGGUGCUGCAGCAGCCUUUUUUCACCACUGACCUUCUGUACAGAUUAGUGAAGAAGUGUGAGGCGAUGCUGGAUCAUCUUUUCCCAAAGAAGAAUGAACCUUCCAUUUCUGAUGAUCAAGGUGAUAACGAUGGUGAUGAAGGCGAGGAGAGGGAGCAGAAGCCAUCAAAUCAGGGCUCCACGAUGGCAGAUUUUGGGGUUCAAGCAGUUGAAGAGAUAGAAUACAUUGAGAGUCUUUAUAUGAAGAGCACCAUAGCCGCCUUGCGGGUGCUGAAUGAGAUACGAAGUGGGAGCUCUACUGUGAGUGUCUUUUCGUUGCCUCCAUUACGGAGCAGUGGAGUGGAUGAGAGAUGGAACAAUGUCCCAGUGGUAGAGCAAGUUGCCGAAUAGCUGAGGGAUUGUGCUUGCCAGAAUAAAGUCCUGUCGUUUACCUUUCUUUUUUAAUGAGUUUUAUAUAUCAUUCUAACAAAAUGUGAAGUAUGAGAUAGGAGUGUAAUUUUCUGUGUGAGCUUCAUUUUCCACAUCAGCUAGAAUUAUUUUUCUUGGCAUGCUGACUGAUCUGCAUUCGCGGUGUUGCAUGUGUUAGCAUAUAUGUACUGUACACAAUAUUAGUCUGAAUCCGAUGAAUCAAUUCAUCAUAAGAAUCUGAAUUUGCUAGUUACCAGGUCCCAAUCUAUAGUU